AUCCUCUCCGCCGUCGGUAUCCCUCUUGCUACCGCUCGCUCUACUCACUCUCGCGCAAGGCAAGUGAGGCUACGACUCACGAAGUGUCCGCAGGGAGCACACCGCAUAACAACACCUGCUAGACGAGGCCUACCCAUUGUACUACGAUCAUGGCCGUCUCCUCGCGCCGAUUGCAGAAGGAGCUCAUGGACAUCAAGAAGGAGGGUACCCCCGUCGGCAUCGAGGUCCUCCAGGCAGAUGACUUCACCCGCUGGAUCCUCUCUGUCGAGGUUCUCGGCGGCACGAUCUACGAGGGCGAGAAGUUCGCGCUCUUGUUCCGGUUCGACAACCAGUACCCGAUCUCCGCCCCCGCCGUGCAGUUCGUCGUCGACGACACCUACAAGGCGCCCAUCCACCCCCAUGUAUAUUCAAAUGGCCAUAUAUGCGCGUCCAUCCUCGGGAGCGAGUGGUCCCCCGUGCUGAGCGUCAUCUCCGUCUGCGUGACGAUCCAGAGCAUGCUCGCGUCCUGCAAAACGAAAGAACGACCCCCGGACAACGACCGCUACGUCUCGCACGCGCCCGAGAACCCGAAGAAGACCCGCUGGGACUUCCAUGAUGACAAUGUAUAACCAUCCCCGCUUGUGGGUGUACAAACAACCGGAACUGGAACCGGAGGGUCUGGUUGUAGAUGAGGGAGAGCGAGCGUAUGGCUCGGGCUCUGCGUAUAGGAUAAGUGUUGUGUUUUGUGAUAUCAUCGGCAUUCAGAUCGGGUUAUUGGAUACCCUGCAUACGGAGGACAUAUGUGUGCGCUUGCGCUGGUGUCGUGGUGUAUCGUACGCACGUAUCUCGAAGUACAAACUGGGUUAUCACAGUUCCCUAGCAACUAGGUGAGAACGUAGUGAGUGGAGAACGUGUUGUGGUGUUAGAUAUAUGAUACAUCCGUUUGGCACAAAGACCCUCGAUGAACGAUGAGACUACCGUUACACUGGUAUCCAUCCUGUAAACCACUCAAGACCAGGAGCCGUGCACAUAUGUAAGACGGCAGUACAGAAAGCGAACUGAUACAAAACCAGAGCACAACAAAUACAGCACGCGAGCACCGCCAAGAAGCGACGUAGAUCAGCCUGUAUAUCCCGGAUUGCUGACGCGCACUAUCCACAGCACCCGCCAACAGGAGCAGCAGUCCUCGCCCGGCUCUCCUCGACUUGCUCCUCCUCGCCCUCAUCCACCCCACACCCCGUACAUGAAUCCCCACACGCGCACCGCCCCUCGGGGCACCCACAUCCCCCGGGACAGUUACACUCCAGCUUCGGCACCGCAACGAGCCCAAACGCAGCCUUCCGCCCCUCCCUCCCCUCCCCGCUGAACAGAUCCCGCGGGUACACGAGCACGUUCGUAGGGUCUAACGCGCCAGGCCGAGUACGACUCGGCGGCGGCGGCGGCAGCGCUGCCGCGCGCGCAAAGAACGCGUCGAUGAAGUUCGCACCCGAUGCAGAUUUCUGCGGCGCGGGGGACGCGGGGAUGAACGCGAAGGUAGAGGAGGGCGCGGGGAGCGCGACGCCGCCCUCGUUGUCGACGCAGAUCCCGCACGAGCCCUCGGCGCAGUCCUCGAAGUCCGCGGACGCGUGCGCCUCGCCGCGGUGCUUGAGGCACCCGGGGCACGCGCAGUCCGUUCCGCAGCAGCACUCGGGCGCCGCGUGGGCGGUGAUGGCGCUGAGCGGCGGGAUGGGCGGGAACGCGGGGGGCGCGGAGCUGCUUGAGGAUGCGUGGAGGUCCGGGGUGUAUAGUGACGGCGUUGGGAAGAGGGGAGGGAGGGCGUGAUCGUGCGAGGUGGAUGAGGGGUGGGCGUGCGAUGUGUGUUUGGAUCGUUUCGCCUUUGGGCUUGGUGGGCGUGACGAUGGUUGGCUCGAGCAGCAUCCGCGGGAACGCUUCUGAGAACUAUCGUCCAGCAGAACAGCCGCACUGGACGGGACUUGCGCUGUCAUUACUACCGGCGCUACUUGAGGUAGCGGCGCGAUGGGCGCCUCUUCUGCGCAGCAGAACAUGGCCGCCUGGGCGAGUGCUGCAAGUCCACCAUGUGCAGAAAGUGAUGGUCGCGCGGAGCGUUCAUGGCCACAGGUGCAUAUUGACGCUUCCUUGCCACCACAGCGACACAAGUUGACGGAGGCGGCACUGGACGGACCUGCGGCCGGGGCCAUGAUAUCUUUGAUACCAUUUGGAAGGGCAGGUGCGAUGGGCUUAAACCUCCGAGUUUUGGGCUUCGGAGCGCUCCCAACCUCGGCGCUAGCCUUCGACGCCAGCGCCUGCGUGGACGGGCCGGCCUCGGAGGGCGUACAGGUGCACUUCGAGUGCAUGCGUUUCGUCUUCCGGAGCUCACGGCAUUUCUCGCACUGCGACACCGGACGGCCCUUCUUUUUGAUCUCGAAGAGCGGACGGUCGGUGUGUUGGCAGUUCGACGAGCGGUGCCCCUUUAUGCACGCCUCGCUGGCGAACUUCUUGUCGUUGACGUACACCAUUGAAAGGAUCUCAAUUUGACAGGCAGAAUAUACUGCGGCUCCUAUAUCGCCCACAGCACGGGGCUAGAUCGAUGUGAGUUAUCGUGGGCGCCUGUGGGAAAUGAAUAGACGGCGGCGUGGAGCUGGCCGAGCGAGCUUUGGAUGCCCAGCGAUGGAGUCGCACAGAGGGGUAGAGAGAGG